AUGAAGUUCACUACCACCGCUUUCUCCGCCCUGCUGGCUGCCGAGGCCGUCUAUGCCGGCCCGGUGACGCUGGUGCCGCGUGCAUCGCGUUCGUCCAAGCGCAGCGGCGUUGCGCGGUCGUCGCGGCCCAACCAGGUCAUCAACGGCCCCGACGCGUCCAACGUGUCGAACGUGGCCUACUCGAGCAACUGGGCCGGCGCCGUCCUGGACGGAUCGGACUUCACCUCGGUGACGGGCACGUUUGUGGUGCCGACGCCGUCGGAGCCGUCGGGCGGCUCGUCCAGCAAGGAGUACUCGGCGGCCAUCUGGGUCGGCCUGGACGGCUCCUCGUGCGACACGACCAUCCUGCAGACCGGUAUCGACGUCAACAUCCAGGGCGGCGAGGUCAGCUUCGACGCCUGGUACGAGUGGUACCCCGACUACUCCUACAACUUUGACGGCUUCGGCAUCAGCGCUGGCGACUCUAUCAAGCUGACCGCCACCGCUUCGUCCACCACCGGUGGCAAGGUCAUCGUCGACAACCUGUCGACCGGCAAGAGCGUGACUCACUCGUUCAGCGGCGAGUCUGCCGCCCUCUGCGAGACCAACGCCGAGUGGAUCGUCGAGGACUUUGAGGAGGGCUCCAGCCUGGUGCCGUUUGCCGACUUCGGCAAGGUCACCUUCACCGACUGCAGCGUCACCUCCUCGGGCAAGUCCCUGGGCGUCACCGGCUCCACCGUCAACGACAUCAAGCAGAGCGGCAAGGUCCUGACCUCGUGCUCGUUCGGCGCCAGCACUGUCACGUGCUCGUACGUCUAA